UUUGAUUUUAACAUAUUCGUUUCGUUUGUUUUGUAUGUUCGAUUAUCUCGUAACUUGUAACGCUCGAUUAAAAAUUAUCUUAUCGAUAGAAAAAGAUAUCGAUAACCUAUCGAAGGACUUUUUGAGUUGUGUCUUGUGUCAGUUGUAUUCGCGAUCGUUGUGUCUGUCUACUGGAAUUUUGUGAACUAGAACAUAAAAUAAAAGAAAGAAAUUAACAAAAUGUCAGUUCCAAUUGAUUAUAUUGAUUUAACGACUGACCUACCAGAUCAACCUUCAAAAUUACGAAAAAAGGAUGAAAUAUUUGUUAAUUUAACAAUAACAAAGUCACGAAAGCGUGGUUCUAAAAAACAAGUUGCACAACUUGAAGAUUCUAUCAUAGAAAUAACAGAUAAUAAUAGAUGUAAAGAUGUACAAACGAUGGAAAUCAUAGAUCUAGAUAAUAUCAAUAGUCCAAAAGAAACUGGAAUAUGUUAUGCUAAUGAUUCUGGAGAAGAAAAGUUAGUUGUAUUGACCUGUCCAAUAUGUUAUGAACAGUUGUCUUCUAAAAUGAAACCUAUGUCUACUCCUUGUGGACAUAUAUUUUGUACAAAAUGUAUAACUCUAGCUCUACGAGUACCUAAAGUUAAAAAGUGUCCAACAUGUCAAAGAAUUAUUAAAUUACAAUCUUGUACCCGUUUAUAUUUUUAAACAUAUAGAUUUUGGUUCUCAUAUUUAUGUACUUUUUAUAUUAGUACUAUCAUAAAAAUGUAAUUUGCCCUAAGUUUUGAGUAUUUUAAAGUGUAUUUUACGAUAUUUCUGUAGUUAUAUAAAUUUCAAUACUUAAUCUCUAAUUAUGUAUAGCAUAUGCUGUUAUUUUUGUAUCUAUUCGUUAUAAUAAUUUAAGACUUAAUACACUUUUAAUUUAUAAGAAAAAGAAAUUAAAGCAUUUGAUGAAAUCUAAAAGUGUAUCUAUUUCAAUACAUCUUGAUUUAAAGGUCA